GUGUGUGUGUGUGCGCGGUGUGGGGGGAGUGUCGGUGUGGGCGGUAGGCAGCAGUCUGCGGGCUCAGCAAGGUGUGCUCAGGACCAGCAGAGGACAUUCCCAAGUUGUCACGUUCCUGGAAUUUGGAGACGAGAGAGAGAGACACUGUUUUGCGGGGAGUGCACCAUUGCUUGGGUUAGAGUUGGAGAGAGCAUUAUUUAAAAAAAAUUGGUUUAGUUUUUAUUUGUCGACUUGAAGCAACAAGAAAAAGGGGGAGGGAAAGAACGAUAAAACAUCAAAAAUGCCUGAAGACAACUCCCUCCUUCUGGGUUUCUCUCCAGCCUGAGAUCUCGGCACUCUCUCUCUCCCUCACACUCACACGCUCGUGCCCACAGGCAGAAACAGAUGGAUCGCUGCUAACAACUCGUGGUGCACUGAACUACCUCCGACAGGAAUCCUGACUUGGGGGCAAGUUGUGCCUUCUGAUUUUAUUUUAUUUCCUUCACCCGCCUCCCUCCCCGUUAGUUCCGAGGUUGACUCGGGAGGAGGCUGAGAGAGAGCGAUGGAGGUGGCUCCCCUCUCCCCUGCAGCCUAUGUCAACGCAACUCAGUACUCCAAUGUCUUGGAGGGACGCUUCAAACAGUUGCAAGACGAGCGUGAAGCGGUACAGAAGAAAACCUUCACAAAAUGGGUGAACUCACACCUGGCCCGCGUGACAUGUCGCAUCACAGACCUGUACACAGACCUGAGGGACGGGCGAAAUCUCAUCCGCCUGCUGGAGGUGCUGUCAGGGGAACAACUGCCGAAACCCACCAAAGGCCGGAUGCGUAUUCACUGCCUGGAGAACGUGGACAAGGCUUUGCAGUUCCUGAAGGAGCAGAAAGUCCACCUGGAAAACAUGGGCUCUCACGACAUUGUGGACGGAAACCAUCGGCUGACCCUGGGCUUGAUCUGGACCAUCAUCCUCCGAUUCCAGAUCCAAGACAUCAGCGUUGAAACAGAAGACAAUAAGGAAAAGAAAUCAGCCAAGGAUGCCCUUCUGCUCUGGUGUCAGAUGAAGACAGCUGGGUACCCCAAUGUCAAUGUGCACAACUUCACCACCAGCUGGAGGGACGGCUUGGCUUUUAACGCAAUCGUCCACAAACACAGGUCUGAUCUGAUAGACUUUGACAAGCUGAAGAAGUCAAAUGCUCAUUAUAACCUGCAGAACGCUUUCAAUGUGGCCGAGCAGCAGUUGGGGUUGACAAAGCUGCUGGACCCAGAAGAUGUCAGUGUGGAUCAACCGGAUGAGAAGUCCAUCAUUACCUAUGUAGCCACAUAUUAUCAUUACUUCUCCAAGAUGAAGGCUCUGGCUGUGGAAGGCAAACGUAUUGGCAAGGUGCUGGACUAUGCCAUCGAGGCUGACAACCUGAUAGAGAAGUACGAGACUCUAGCCUCUGACCUGCUGCAGUGGAUCGAGCACACCAUCAUCACCCUGAAUGACCGUAAACUGGCCAACUCUCUGAGCGGAGUGCAGAACCAGCUCCAGGCCUUCAACACCUACCGCACCGUCGAGAAGCCCCCCAAAUUUACAGAGAAGGGGAACCUGGAGGUUCUGCUCUUCACUAUACAGAGUAAGAUGAGAGCCAACAACCAGAAGGUCUAUAUCCCCCGGGAGGGCAAGCUCAUCUCAGACAUCAACAAGGGCUGGGAGCGGCUGGAGAAAGCAGAGCACGAGCGGGAGCUGGCUCUGAGGACUGAGCUGAUCCGUCAGGAGAAGCUGGAGCAGUUGGCCCAUCGCUUCGACCGCAAGGCGGCCAUGAGAGAGACGUGGCUGAGCGAGAACCAGCGGCUGGUGUCACAGGAUAACUUUGGGGUUGACCUGGCUGCGGUGGAGGCGGCCACUCGCAAGCACGAGGCCAUCGAGACGGACAUCACGGCGUACAGCGAGCGCGUGCAGGCGGUGGCCGCCGUGGCCCGGGAGCUGGAGGCCGAGCGAUACCACGACGUAAAACGCAUCAACGUGAGAAAGGAGAACGUGGUGAGGCUGUGGGACUACUUACGAGAGCUGCUGCUGGCACGGAGAGAGAGGUUGGCACGCAACCUGGAGCUGCAGAAAAUCUUCCAGGAGAUGCUACACCUCAUGGACUGGCUGGAGGAUAUGAAGGGCCGGCUACAUUCCCAGGACUACGGGAAGCAUCUCCAUGGGGUGGAGGACCUGCUGCAGACUCACACCCUGGUGGAAGCGGACAUCGCAGUCCAGGCAGAAAGGGUUAAGAACGUCAACGCAGCAGCAGAGAAAUUUACCUCUAAAGAGGAAGAGUACAAACCGUGCGAUCCCGAGGUGGUGCGUGACCGGAUCGAUCACCUGGAUGAGAGUUACGGGGAGUUGUGCCGGCUGUGCUCGGAACGCUGGGAGAAGCUGGAGGAAUCCCGUAGGCUGUGGCGCUUCUUCUGGGAGAUGGGCGAGGAGGAGGCCUGGAUCCGGGAGAAGGCACAGAUCCUGUCGUCGGCCGAGCUGGGCAAGGACCUGAGCAACGUGACGCUGCUCAUCAGCAAACACAGCGCCUUCAAGGACGAAAUGAGCGGGCGGAGCGCGGCGCUGGGGCAGACCAUCAGGGCAGGAGAGGCACUGGUCGGAGAGGGGCACUUCGGCUCCAAGCAGGUGCGGGAGAAGAUCAUGGAUGCCCGAGCGCAGUGGGCCGGGCUGGAGGAGUUAGCCUCGCUCCGGGAACAACGUCUGAACGAGACUUCCAACCUCUACCACUUCCAGGCGGAUGCCAACGACAUAGAGGCCUGGAUCCUGGAGGCUCUCCGUGUUUCCUCAAGCUCCGAGGUGGGACACGACGAGUAUUCGACCCAGACGCUGGCCAAGAAACACCGGGAGGUGGAGGAGGAGAUCCUGACGCACAGACCAGCCAUCGACUGCCUUCACGAGCAGGCCAGGAGCCUCCCACUCGAGUUGGCCAGUUCCCCCGAAGUGGACGGACGUCUCCCGGCUAUCGAGCAACGCUACGAGGAGCUGGUGGCUCUGGCGCAGGAUCGGAAGCAGGCCCUGAUGGACGCCCUCGCCCUCUACAAAAUGUUUAGCGAGGCCGACGCCUGCACCCUCUGGAUUGAGGAGAAGAGUCAAUGGCUGGACGCCAUGGAGAUUCCCAACAAGCUUGAGGAUCUGGAAGUGGUUCAGCACAGGUUUGAGACGCUGGAGCCAGAGAUGAACAACCAGGUGUCUAACAUCGCCGCGGUCAACCAAGUGGCUGAGCAACUGCUCAACAGCCAACAGCACAACAAGGAGGAGGUGGCUGGGGUACAAGACCAGCUCAACCGCAGCUGGGACCAGUUCCGGGCUCUGGCCGAUCAGAAGAAAGAGGCGUUGAGCUCGGCCUUGAGCAUCCAGAACUACCACCUGGACUGUAACGAGACCAAAUCGUGGAUCAGAGAGAAGACCAAGCUGGUGGAGUCCACACAGAGCUUGGGCAAUGACCUGGCUGGGGUCACAGCCCUGCAACGGAAGCUGACAGGAAUGGAGCGUGAUCUGGAGGCCAUCGAAGGCAAGCUGGACGAUCUGCGUGAUGAGGCGGGCAAACUAGCGGCUGAACACCCAUCCCAGGCUCGGCCGGUGCUGUCCAGAUUGACGGAGAUCGACGGGGUAUGGGGCGAGCUGCGUGGUACCAUGAAGACUCGGGAGGAGUCGCUGGGAGAGGCCAGCAAGCUCCAGGAGUUCCUGAGGGACCUGGACGACUUCCAGUCCUGGCUCUCGCGCACGCAGACCGCCAUUGCCUCGGAGGACAUCGCCGGUUCUCUACCAGAUGCCGAGCGGCUCCUGGCUCAGCACGGCAACAUCAAGAAUGAGAUGGAUAAUUAUAAGGAGGACUAUCAGAGGAUGAGGGACGUAGGGGAGGAGGUGACCCGGGGCCAGACGGACCCACAGUACAUGUUCCUCCACCAGAGGCUGCAAGCCCUGGACACUGGCUGGACUGAGGUGCGGCAGAUGUGGGAGAACAGACACAACCUGCUGGCACAGGUGUACGGUUACCAGGUCUUCCUGCGUGACGCGAAGCAGGCGGAAGGCUUCCUCAACAACCAGGAAUACAUGCUGUCACACACGGAGAUGCCAGGGACCCUGGAGAUGGCCGAGGGAGCCAUCAAGAAGCACGAGGACAUCAUGACCACUAUGGAGGCCAACGAGGAGAAGAUAAACAGCGUGGUGGACUCGGGCAACAAGCUGGUCGCCGAGGGCAACGUUCACUCCGACAAGAUCCAGGACAAAGUCGACUCCAUCAACCAAAGGCACACAAAGAACCGGGAUGCAGCGAGGGAUGUAACUGCACGACUGAGAGACAACAGGGAACUGCAGGAGUUCCUGCAAGACUGUCAAGAGCUGACCCUGUGGAUCAACGAGAAGAUGCUGACAGCCCAGGACAUGUCGUACGACGAGGCCCGGAACCUGCACAGCAAGUGGCAGAAACACCAGGCCUUCAUGGCCGAGCUGGGCUCCAACAAGGACUGGCUGGACACCAUCCACAAGGAAGGGGAGCAGCUGAUGGCAGCCAAGCCAGACACAGAGCCUGUGGUGAGGGAGAAGCUGAAGGAACUACACACACUCUGGGACGAGCUGGAGUCCACAACCAAGACCAAAGCUCAGUGCCUGUUCGAUGCCAACCGGGCCGAGCUCUUCAACCAAAGCUGCACCGACCUGGACGCCUGGCUGGACACCCUGGUACUACAGCUGCACUCCGACGAUCACGGCAAGGAUCUGACCAGUGUCAGUAUCCUCCUGAAGAAGCAACAGAUCCUAGAGAACCAGGUGGAGGUGAGACAGAAGGAGGUGGCGGAGCUGAAAGGCCAAGCACAGGCCCUGGGGCAGGAGGAUUCCAACACGGUGGAAGUGGACUCCAAGCAGAAGAGAGUAGAGGAGAGGUUCAGAGAGCUGCUGCAGCCACUGCGAGAGAGACGAAACAAGUUGACCGCUUCCAAAGAGAGACAUCAGUUCAACAGAGACCUAGAGGAUGAAAUCUUGUGGGUGAAGGAGCGGAUGCCGCUAGCAACGUCAACAGAUCACGGAAACAACUUGCCCACCGUGCAGCUGCUGAUUAAAAAGAAUCAGACACUACAGAAGGAAAUCCAGGGACACCAGCCGAGGAUAGACGACAUCAAGGAGCGGGACAUCGCAGAGACCUUGGACGGGGUAAAGAGACUGGACUCGGAGGGUCUGAGCAGCCGGCUGGGAGACCUGCAGGAGAUGUGGAGGGAGCUGAUCAGGCAGACAGACCAGCGGGACACCCGGCUCCAGGAGUCACACCGGGCCCAGCAGUUCUACUUUGACGCUGCGGAGGCCGAGGCCUGGAUGGGAGAACAGGAGCUGCACAUGAUGUCAGAGGAGAAAGCCAAGGACGAGCAGAGUGCUUUAGCCAUGGUGAAGAAGCAUCAGGUAAUGGAACAGUCGCUGGAAGAUUACGAACAGACAAUCCACCAGCUCUCUACACUGAGCAGGGACCUGGUGUCUAGCAGUCACCCCGAGAGUGACCGGAUUACCCUGAGACAGUCUCAGGUCGACAAGCUGUACGCGGGGCUCAAGGACUUGGCGGAGGAGAGGAGAGGGAAAGUACAGGAGAGGCUGCGGCUCUGCCAGCUCAAGAGGGAUGUGGAUGAUCUGGAGCAGUGGAUCGCUGAGUGUGAGGUGGUGGCUGGCUCCCACGAGUUGGGCCAGGAUUACGAGCACGUCACUAUGCUGCGUGACAAGUUCCGGGAGUUUGCCCGGGACACGAGCAGUAUAGGGCAGGAGCGUGUGGACGGGGUGAACGGCAUGGCUGACGAGCUGAUAGACUCCGGCCACUCUGAGAACGCCACGGUGGCCGAGUGGAAGGAUGGGCUGAACGA